AUGACAAGCCAAAAUGGAGACUAUGGGUCUCCCCAGACCUCGGCCAUAUCCACUGCAUCGAUUGGCAAUUCCAAGUCCGGCGGCCAGCGCGUCCCGCCCCCAGAGACACCGGAAGCUAUCCAAACACGAUUCCGAGUCAUUGCUGCUUUCUGGGCGGUGAUAAUUUUCCUGGGAUUCCCGAUAUGGUGGAAGACGACGUCUAUCUAUCGGGCGCAUCUGCCGAUCCAGGAGAUGGUCGACUGGGCUGAUGGCAAGGCGUGUCGCCCGGUUUUCCCUCUAGAGAUUCAUCUCGCGACACCUGCUAUGCCAUCUCCGGAUUCUCAGCACCUGCUCCGGACCACCCAACAUGCCCUCGAUGACCUCAAUGAAUUCGCCGCUCACCAUCUUCGACUGAAAUUGACAAACGAUACUAGUCCUUCCACAUCGGAUCAGAGUGAAAGUGGUACAGAUUCUGAGGGUCAUGGAGUAGUAGAUGGUGCGGAUACGGCGUUGACUGUCCGUGUAAUUGCUCAGGAGGGUUUGGCCACCCCCAGGUCGGAGCUGCGUGCAGACACAACCCAGCUGGAUAUCUUCUACCCGCCAAGCCAGAUUCCCAUUCCGUCAUCCUCAAAUCCACCUUUGUCAACCUUUAUUGCUAAGGAAUUGCAACGAGUUUAUGACGAAGAGAAAGCUACCAUUGCUCACAUCCUCUCUGGCGAGACCACUGGAUCCGACUCCUCGCAGCUUAUGGGGAGUAUCAGCCGACGAUUGCGCCGCUCCAUGAAGUAUGCGGACACAUAUCAUCUAUCCUUUUCCUUGUUUACACCAGGCUCAGCGCCAUCGUCAUGGGAUAUUGAAGCUGCCGUCCAGGAGUACCUCGCUCCCCUGCUUGAUGCAUUUUCCCCUAUUAGCAACUUCACCAUCGACACGCAAGUCCAGCCCUAUGCAACCUUUUCACCCAUGGCGCCGCCGAUUAUCUAUGAUGACGCUGAAGCGGCAUGGACGUUGAAAAAAGAGGAUCUGAGUGCUUUCAUUAAUGCCGCGGAAUGGCCCCUGAAUCCGAGCAUCGGCAACGGUCCUACCCUUAAUUUCAUUCUCUAUGUCCCAGAUCCCUCUCAGUCGCCAAUGGUCGUUAAGGAGAACCGUGCUUCUAGCUGGAUUGUUCCACAAUGGGGUGGCGUGUUUCUUCUCAACCCGCCCUUGUCUCAAGUGGACAAAAACGGAAACAAAGUCAAUCCGGCUCACCUCUCACCGGAAUCGUUGCAGUCUGCGUUCAUGACUUUCUCUCACCAACUCCUGACUCUCCUUGGAACUCCUACUACUCCAACCUCCCUCCCUCUCCGUCUCCAAACAUUGAUUCGUGUUCGCGCGGCAGCUCUUCUUUUGUCCGCUUCCUCCACCAUGGGCUCUCUUGCCCGUCUGACUGAAUCACUUCCGUCUAUCCCAAUCCCCGCCACCGUUGCAUCAUCUGUUUCUACCACGCUAUCUCAUCUCUCCAGCACCUGCGCACACAUGCGAGAUGGUCGCUUCGCAGCAGCAUUAGCCAGUGCUCGGAUUGCCGAGACUGAAGCAGAACGCAGCUUCUUUGAAAAGAGUAUGGUUGGCCAGGUCUAUUUCCCAGACGAGCACAAGGUUGCUGUCUAUCUGCCCUUGCUCGGCCCAAUUGGCGUCCCUUUGGUAGUCAGCCUUGUCAAGGAGCUGAAAAGGUUGGUAGCCCAAUGGAAGGCACGGAGGCAACCCGCAGCAUAA